UAAAAAUAUUUGUCAUAGUUGAUAAAAACAAAUAUGGAUGCAGUAAAAAAAAACAGAGAAAAACAUUCUACCAAAUACUUGAAUCUAACUGAUUUUGAACGCCUUGAAAGCCAUGUUGAGUCUGAAGGCGAUUUGUUGAUAAAAAAAUUAUCUUUUAAACAAUCUGAUAAACAUUUAACUCUAGAAAAGCAUUUAAGACAAGAGCGUAAUUUUAUUGCAAGUCAUGAGUAUGUUUCCAUUACCGAAAUUACCAAAGGAGAAAUUACAUUGCCAGAGUUUUGUACCAAAGUCAAUGAAGCAUCUUCCAAUCAAUUAAAUUCUAGUUCUAACCAAAAACCUUCUUUAAAAGUCUCAGAUUGUAUGAGUCGUCAUGAACGGGAAUUAGCAUUAUGUGUUAAACCUAAUAGUACUGAAACUAAACUUUUAGCUUUUGCAUUAUCUUGUGAAGCAAAUGAAACUCCUAAAUUAGAUGUACAUCAUAUUGAUCAUCCAAUUAAUCAUCUUGUUCAAAUACAUGAUGAACAAUUUUCUCAUCUCAAAGCUUCACCGCUUAAAACUUCAAAAAUGAUUAGACGAAAACGAAGACAAUUACUCCAAUCUUAUAUGAAACCAAUUGAGAUAUCUGAGAAACCAAUAAAACAUUACACUAGACCUAAAUCUCUUUGGGAUUUAAAAGAAGAUUAUACAACAAAUUCUGGUUUAAAAUUGUAUUCA